AUGAAGACAGAGGCAGUCCUGGCGUCUGUGUUCACAGCCUUUCUGCUCAUCAUGGCAGCUACAACAACGGCUCAAGCUGCACAGUGUCCGCUACUAACGGCUCCUGCAAACGGUGCAAAGGAGGGCUCCAAUUACUACCGGGAUGUGGUCAGUUUUACCUGUGACGUGGGAUAUGAGCUGGGAGGUGAGGCGAGCACCACAUGCCAGGCAGACGGCACGUGGAGUGUUGCUGAUCCCCCCACUUGCACAGGUAAGAGUGGCCUUCCUGCGAACGGUGCAAUUACAUCGACUGGCAACAAUCUCUACGGGGACGAGGUCAGCUUCAGAUGUGACUCAGGGUACGAGUCUGUAGGUGAGACAAACAUCAUAUGCCAGGCAGACGGCACGUGGACUAAUGCUGCCACCUGCACAGCCGUGGAAUGUCCAUUACCGACUCUUCCCGACAACAUUGGCAUGACUGGCUCUAAUUACUACCUAAACGAGCUUCAUUUCUUCUGUUACCCCGGUAUUUAUCGUGAGGUCUACACAAUAGACAGUUCCAAAACCUCCGUCCGGUGUGAAGCAGACGGCACAUGGAAUGAUCCAUAUUAUAUUCCGAGUUCUGACAGCGAUUGCCAAGCCCGGGAGUGUUAUGACGAGCCAUGGGUUCCCUUGCACGGUUCAAGAAUCGGCUCCGACCCGUUCCUCUACCAGGAUGUGGUUCACUUCACCUGUGACCCAGGGUACGAGCUAGUAGGUGAGCCAAGCGCAGAGUGUCAAGCAGACGGCGAAUGGACUAGUAUUGAGCCCACAUGUAGAGCCGUUCAGUGUGCAGUGCCCAGACCUCCGCAAAACGGUGACGUCUAUGUUGACCAAGCACCCACAUACAACUCUGAGGCCAGGUUCUGGUGUGACCCAGGUUUCACACUUGGAGGUGAGAGUACCAUUACCUGCCAGGCUGACGGCACUUGGAGUGGCGAUGCUCCGGUUUGCACAGCCGUGCAGUGCCCCCAGCCAACCUCUCCAGACAAUGGCGAUAUGUCCGGAUCUUAUUCCUACCCGGAAGAGGUUACGUUCACCUGUAAUGCGGGAUAUCAACUUGUAGGUGCCCAAACCGUCACGUGCCGCCAUGACCGCACCUGGAGUGACAGCUUUCCUACUUGUACAGACAUUAAUGGCUGCUCUCCGAACCCGUGUCACCCCAAAGCUACCUGUGAAGACGUCACUGCUCCGGGGACGGGCGCCACGUGUACAUGUGAGAAUGGGUUUAUGGGGGACGGAGUCAUAGAUGGAACCGGAUGUACAGUGCAGCUUCCUCUGACGUUUACCGAGGUUGCGUUGGACCACGUCACCAUGUCCUGGACUGUCCCUGAUGACCUGACCAUCAUGAGGUAUCACGUCCGCUACGAACACGCCGGAGGCUUCUACGAGGACCUCUCUCCCCCACCGGCACCGGACAACACCACAGUAACGGUUAGCGGACUGUGGGCAGACACGGAGUACACAUUCACGGUCACAUCAUUCGGAGAAGGUGGUGAGGAAAAUGGACGAGGCAGUGGGACUAAAACCACAGCUAAGGUUGUGGUGAACGUGGAGUGCUCCCAGGGGACCAUGAAGGUAUCCAUUCCCUUAGCCGGGCUGCCAAACGUGAACGUGAACGACAUGCACCUGCUGGACUCCAAAUGUAAAGCUACGGUCGGUCCAACUUACGUGAGCUUGGAGACUGGCCUGAAGGACUGUGGGACUAUUGAACAAGUGAGAGCAAAUAUGGAAAAUGACAAGUUCAUCUUCAUGAACGAGGCCAUUGCUGAUCCAGUAACUCUUGCGAAUGGAGCCGUAAGGGGAACCAGCUUUAGAAGGAGGUUCCAAUGUGAGUUCCACCGUCAGUUCGUCAUCUCACAGGGAAGAGAGGUCAUGUACAACAUCCCAUCUCCCAGUGUGGAAAUCGUGGACGCAGAUGACGUCUUGACCUUCAACCUGAACAUGUUCACUUCUGAAGAUUUUAGCACUAUGUACGACUCCUCUGACUUUCCUCUGCGGAUGACACCCUCUGACCGCCUGCACUUCGGACUGAGUCUGGACUCAUCCCUUAAUGUCCUGGAGCUGUUCGCCCUCCACUGUGCCGCAACACCAACCACAGACCCGAACUCUGAUCCAAAAGUCAGCAUUAUUCAAGACGGUUGCCUGGUGGACCCGACCUUAUUAAUGGACAGCACCCGUUCGAACGACAUGGCCAUGUACUUCUCUGUCGAUGCCUUCACUAUUCCCAACGCUGAUGAUUCUCGUCUGGUGUACUUCCAUUGCACCAUGCUGGUCUGUUUAAAGGACGAUCCCGACUCGCGGUGCAAUGGCGGAUGUGUCCCCUCCUCCCGGCGCAAGCGGGCUCUGACAGACUCUCGCGAGAUCCGAGUCCGCCGCGAGAGCAUCAGUGAGCGCAAGGCGAACAUCUCUCAGGGACCAAUCAUUGUUGAGGAGACCCAAGAAGCAGGCACCGCCUUCCCCACCAUAGGCGUUGCCAUGGGGACAGUAGGUGGCUUCUUAGGCGUAUUGCUCCUUGUUGCUGCCUUGGGUCGGGGGAGGAAGAAGCGUCAUCAGAACAUCGAAGAAAUGGCCGGACGUCGUAUCGACCUUGACACCAACUCGUUCCUGUCAUGGAGCCAGAUGCAUAGAUGGGGACCAAGACCUCAGUAG